ACAUCGUCAACAGAUCCGGCCAAUAUGUUUCAACCACCCAGGCCAAAGCUUUUUAUUGUUACAGCGCAACUGCUCGUUACACCGAACGUUUCAGAAUGAUGAAGAGUAUUGGAUUGGCAGCGUCAGUGGUAUUGCCAGCUUUGACGACAUCGGGACUUGCACAUUCUAACAACUCGACAUACUAUAAUCCUAUCCUUCCGGGCUUCCACCCUGAUCCGAGUUGCAUUUUCGUGCCUGAGUGGAACGACACGUUCUUCUGCGCAUCAUCAAGUUUCAAUGCCUUUCCGGGCAUCCCAAUCCACGCCUCUAGGGACUUGCAGAACUGGAAGCUAAUCGGGCAUGUAUUGAACCGGAAAGGGCAACUUCCUCGACUGGCAGAGACAAACCGCUCGACUAGCGGCAUAUGGGCACCAGCCCUACGUUUCAAUCAAGGCACAUUUUACUUGGUUACGACUUUGGUCGACGAUGACCGUGCAGCAGAUGAUGAUUCGAGAUGGGACAACAUAAUAUUCACGACUGAGGAUCCAUACAAACCCUCGUCAUGGACAAAUGCUGUUCACUUUGACUUCGUUGGAUAUGAUACGUCACCGUUCUGGGACUUGGACGGGAAAGUAUAUAUCACGGGAUCGCAUGCAUAUAAGAUUUCGCCAGGCAUCUGGCAAGCGGAAGCGAACCUCGAUACUGGUGAAGUGGGGGAUUGGAUCGACAUUUGGAACGGAACGGGUGGUCUUGCUCCUGAAGGUCCACACAUAUAUCUCAAAGAUAAUUGGUAUUACCUGUUGCUGGCCGAAGGCGGCACCGGCCUGGGCCACAUGGUGACAAUGGCGAGAUCCAAAGAUAUCAACGGCCCCUACGAGCCCGCACCGACCAACCCAGUAUUGACCAAUGCGAAUACUACGGACUACUUCCAAACUGUCGGCCAUGCUGAUCUUUUCCACGAUCCGAAUGGCAACUGGUGGGCGGUGGCACUAUCGACCAGAUCUGGUCCGCAAUGGCAGAAUUUCCCCAUGGGACGUGAAACCGUCAUGACUCCCGUAACUUGGGAGGAAGAUGAAUUUCCCAUCUUCACUCCUGUGAAUGGGGAGGUGAGCGGUUGGCAGUUCCCACCAAAGGCUCUCGAAAUUGAGGGUACUGGGCCAUUCAUUGCAGAAGGCGACCACAUCGAUUUUGAGCCAAACUCCACCUUGCCAGCGCAUUUCACUUACUGGCGCUAUCCGAUACCCGAAUCAUUCGUAGUGUCUCCCCUCGAGCACCCAAAUACUCUUCAGCUUAGCCCAUCAAAGCUCAAUCUCACAGCUCUGAACGGAAAUUAUGCAGGACCUUCUGGCCAGACUUUUGUCGGCCGCCGGCAGCAAGAUACCCUGUUCACGUACAGCGUGAAUAUUGACUUUUCACCGACAAGUCUCCAGGAAGAAGCAGGUGUCUCCGUCUUUCUGACACAAAACCACCACCUCGAUCUCGGCAUCGUCCUGUUGCCCGCAAACAGCAGUACUGGGCCGUUUCCAGGGACUAAUGCUACCACACCGGAUGAUCCUGCAGCACUGGUGCCCCACCUCAGAUUCCGCGCCGAAUCGUAUCUCGCCGUUCCCGGCCCCGUUGUACUUCCCAUCCCAGAGGCGUGGGCAGACAAACCCCUAAGGCUUGAGAUUAGAGAGAGCAAUGCCACGCAUUAUAUUUUCUCGGCGGGUCCGGCGGAGGCUAGAUCGCAGACGCAGACUAUCAUUGAGGUCUCGAAUACGUUGGUCAGUUGGGGUUUCACAGGCGUCAUUCUGGGCGUAUACUGCACGAGUAAUGGCCUGGACGGACAUACGCCCGCGUAUGUCUCGAAGUGGAGGUACACUCCACAGGGUCAGUUCACAGAUUAGUUAAUGUUAUGGAAGAGUUUGUUUCAGUCUGCUUUCCUACAGCUUGAACUUCAGCAGUGAAAACGGACCCCAAUCUUACAACGAGCCAAUGAGCUUCAUUGACGGCCGAGAUCCGUCGUUGAUCUAUAGGGAGCUACAUGCGGGGAUCGAGAGAGUUUCUUAGUGG